ACCGAGCGGCCGCGAGCAGCGGUGAUGGAGGCAAGGACCGCGGCGGGGGUCGGGGGCACUGCGACGUGGACCAAGCACAGAACCCCCGCUCCCAAACCAGAAAGCAGACCCGGGAGCAACUCCACGUCCCCGCCGAGCCCGCUACCCAACGCCCGCAGCACCCCGCCUCCGCCCCGGGGCAUCCCGCCCGCGCCCGAGCGCCGCGCACGCGCACCGCAGGCCCGCGCCAUGUUGGGUCGGUUUGAAAGGGAGCGCGGGCGUGGCCUGCGCUGUGACGGCGGCGAGGCUGCGAGCUGGGCGCCCGAGGGCAUGCUUUGUCGCGUCGCUCGCGUUCCGUAAGAGGCCCGGGCUUUCGGCGGAGUCUUGUGGAAGCCUGCGUUUUUUGAACCUCUUUUCGGGCCUCAGUUGGGGGAGGUGACAUUUUUUCGCUCUUAAGUGCCAACGUUCUAUUCGGCAUGAUGGACUUGCUUUUGGAUAAUCGGACUGAAGUGAUCCUGGAGGAGAUGUUGUUUUUAAGGAAAAUGAAUACAAGUAACCCACGUUGAGGAAGCCAUGGCAAAAUCAAACACAAAGCACAGAGUUUGUUCUCAGGAAUCUUCAGUUUCUUCCCUUCUGGCAAACUGCAGCCUGAGUGGUGGUAAUUCUUCCAACACUGAUGGCCCUUUUCACUAUAAGGAUAAGCUGUACAGUUCUGCUUCCCAGGCUCUACAGGCCUACAUUGAUGAUUUUGACUUAAGCCAAGUAUAUCCUGGUACAAGCACUGGAAAAAUUAGCAGUGAUGGGAGUUCUGCUAAUAUGUGUCAAUUCUCCAAAUAUAUUUACAAACCAAACAAUGCUUUUGAAAAUCUUGAUCACAAAAAGCACUCAAACUCCUUACCCUUAUCAUAUAGAAGAGAGAUUGUUAAUGACAUAGAUUCUGUUAGCCUAACAACUGAUGAUCUGUUAAGACUUCCAGCAGAUGGAUCAUUUUCUUUCACUGAUGUUGGACCAGUGAAAAUAAGCAAGAAAAACAAGAAAUGUACUGGAAGACUGGGUUCCUCGGCCAUUAAAAAGCAUCUGAAUUUUCAAGAUUCCUGCACUGCAGUGGGCAAGGAUAGCUUAGUUACACGUGUUGUAGACACAAAUAUAAAUGGAAAGCAAUGUGGUAAACUAAAAAGCCCAAAACUUAUGAAUAGGACCAAUAAAUGUAUUUUUGAAUCAUCUUUAUCUUUCCCCAAGAAAUCAUCAUUAAACGACAGUUCACAACACAGUCAUGAAAAGAAUUAUCCAAGAUGGCUCACUAGCCAGAAAUCUGACCUCAAUGUUUCAGGGAUAACUAGUUUACCUGAUUUCAAAUACCCAGUCUGGCUCCACAAUGAAGACUUGCUACCUGAUGCAAGUAGUCAAAAGGUUUAUAAAGUAUUUAAAGAAGAUCAUUCUUCCCCUAGACAUAGUUAUCAGGCACAAAGAACUUCUCGGCUUAUGAAUAAAUUAGAUUGUUUUGAAUAUUCUUUUGAGCCCUCAAAUUAUUCACAUUACUUCAGUGAUGAUAAAGGAUUAGUUAAUGAAUACAGAUGUGAUUCUGAACAUAACCAAUGUCAUUGUGAGAAUCCACUUCUCCCAGGACAAUCCAAAAAGCCAUUCAGUGGUGACAAAAUUGAACUGCUUAUCCUGAAGGCCAAGAGAAAUCUAGAUCAGUGUACUGAAGAAUUACCGAAGUCUGUGGAGAAGGAUGACAGUCCUUGCUCAUUAGAUAAACUUGAAGCAGAAAGAUCAUGGGAAAAUAUUCCUGUUGCUUUCAAAUCUCCUGUUCCUGUUAAUUCUGAUGAUAAGCCUCAACAAGCUUCAAGUGAGAAAUAUGCUAAAAAGGUUCUUGAAGAUUUUUUAAAUAAUGAUAGUCAGAGCCCUACCCUUUCUGGAGGCAAACAUCAUGGUCCUGUUGAAGCGUUGAAACAAAUGUUAUUUAAUCUUCAAGCAGUACAGGAAAGUUUUAAUCAGACUAGAAUUACAGAGCCAAUUGAAGAGGUUAAACAAAUUGCAGAAGAUGAUUUUUCUAAACUACAGUUGAAGGAAAGUAUGAUUCCUAUUACUAGGUCUCUUCAAAAGGCCUUGCACCACUUAUCUCGCCUGAGAGACCUGGUUGAUGAUACCAGUGGGAAACAGUCACCGAAAAUGUGAAGAGGAAAAUAAAAUUGUCACCACAAUAAAUAGUCACCACAGAACAAAUAUGUAUUUUUUUUCUAUUACUUAAGCUAACAAAUACAAACCAUGCACUAUUCUAUGAUUGGUUCAAGUAUAUUUCUCAAAAGCUAACCUUGAAAAUGUUCAUACAUUUUGUGACCUAUCUUCAUUUUGUGCCUAAAUAGUAGAAUGUGAACUGAAGGACCCACAACUUAUGUUAAAGUGUUACUUUAGUCUUUAGAACAGGAAAUGUAUAAUAUUCAAAGAUGGAUGAUUUUCAUUCUUGAUGCUUGUCUAUACUUAACCUUUCAGUAUCCUCCAUUUUUUUAAAAUAAAAGUGCAGCAUCCACUUUUAAGCACUUAAAGGAAUACCAUACCAAUAUUGUUAUAGUUUUAUAUGAAGUCUGUUACUUUUAAGAUUUCAGAAAUCAAAUAUUUAAGAUAUGCUGUGUUUGUUUAUGGCAUUAGUUUAACAGGAAGUGACACAGACCUAAAAAGAAUUUUUUUUUUUAUUGUGAUGUCUAACAACACAUUCAGUUAAUGUUUUGAUUCCGUGUGAGAUAAUCUUGAAAAUACUUGACAGUUUACAGAUCACUUUGCAGGAAACAUUUGAGCACUUAUUAUUAGAUAUUAUUUUCCAGAUUUUAGUUUAGAGAAUAACUAUGAACUCAGUUGCCAGUUGCUUUAUGAAAUUUGAAACUAAACUUUUAAAAAAGUGUGCAAAUCAGAAAGCAACUCUAUAUUUUAAAGAUAUUUUUUAAGGGUUGGGUUUUCUUUAAAGCCUCUAUAGUCUUUAAAGUUUGACUUUAGCUAGAACUGAACAGAGCUCUAUAAUUUUGUAAUUUAUUCCAAGCAGUAUGAUAACUAUUUCUAAUAAACAGGAAACAUCUUUAACAAAACUAAAAAUUGUCAUAAAGCAUGACUAAUACAACAUAUUAAAAAUUCUGUGAAAUUAAAUAAUACCUAUAUAUUUUCAAGUACUACAGAUUAAUACUUUACCCACAUGGCAACAUCUAUGCUUAGUAGAUUUAUUUGUCAGAUAGGCAUUUCUUUUUAAAAAAAUUUUUUUUUCAGUUACAGAUGUAUGCAGUACUUUAUUUAUUUAUUCUUAUGUGGUGCUGAGGCUUGAACCCAGUGCCUCACACAUGUUAGGUGAGCACUCUACCACUGAGCUACAACCCCAGCCCAUCACAUAGACUUUUCUAUGCAUUUAGUGUCAAAGAAUUUUUGGGUUCCCCUCCACCCUUGGGGUUUUUUUUUUUUUUUAAACCUCUACUCUGGCUGAUUUGAGAGGCACUUUCCAGUAGUUAUUUUGUUUAUUCUGUGGAGAUAUACUUUAAAAAAUACCUUUACUUAUUUAUUUUUAUGUGGUGCUGAGGAUUGAACCCAGUGCCUCAUGCCAGGCAAGCACUCCACCACUGAGCCACAACCCCAGCCCUGUGGAGAUAUUUUUGCCACUAACAUUCUGUUUUAUGAUUAUGGUCUACUGCAUAGCAAAGAGCCUGCAUAACCAAACAUGGAAUUACUUUGAAGAUUAUAUUUGGCUAUUAAAAAUGCAGAUUUUCAGUGGGUAUACAUCAGGUGGAUCUGAAUGAAUCAAGUUCCAGACCUUGUGAAAUCUAACUUUAGACAAAUUCUAAAGAAGGCAGAGAUGAUGAAGACAUCAGGUAAUGAUUUCCAAUUGCGUAUUAACUAUAUGUUGACCAGAAUGAUAUAUGCCAUACUCAGAAAGCAUCUCCAAAGAGAGUUUGCUGUAAUGACUUUGAAUAGUGCUACUUUUGGUUUGUGCUCCCAUUUGCAAGAACAAGUUCCAAAUUGUGAAUAAGAUAAGCUUGUUAAAAAAUUGUGUGUUAUCACUAAUAUUUUAAGAAACUUUUUAAUAUCAGUGGAGCAAUAUUUUCCCUUUUGUGUUAAAUAUGGAAAAGAUUUUUUUAUUUUUUACCUACAAAAAGGAAUUUAUUGGCUGGGUGUGGUGG